UGACCAAACCACCUAUGCUAAGUAGUUUUGUUUAGGUCGAUUAAGACCGAUGUUGGUUAGUUUGGUUUUAGUUGAUGAUAUUACUUAUGCUUUGUGGUUCAUUGCUUUUGUAUGAUUUUCAGAAACUUUAUCCUACUAUCACCGUGCGACUUUUGGAGUAUGAUAAGCAUUUUGAUCAAUAUGGAAGUGAUUUUACGUUUUACGAUUACAACCAUCCCGAAGACUUGCCGUUGGAACUAAAGCAUAAUUACCAGGUUGUAAUUGCCGAUCCUCCUUAUCUGAGCAAGGAGUGUUUAGAGAAAGUUGCUCAAAAAAUAUAUUUUCUUGCGCACCUAGAAGAAUCCUUCUUGCUUUUGCUUACAGGAGAAGUGCAGACGGAUAGAGCUGCAGAUCUUUUGGGCUUGCGUCCAUGCAAUUUUCGGCCACAGCACUCUAGCAAACUUGGAAACGAGUUUCGGCUGUUCACAAAUUAUGACCCUCUGGAGCGAUUAGGAGGAUGGGUGCAAGAAAAAUAGUUACCCUUUGAAGUAACGGAUGAAAAAAUGGCCCGGCUUUUCUGCUCAACUGUCCUCUUAGAAAAUAUGCGGACAAGCCUUCUUUAAUGCUAAGAUUCUGCGAUCAAAACUCAAAACCAUGCACUGCCUUUCCUUCCAUGUUGUUCCAACUCUUUUUUACUUCUUUCUUGAAGUAGCUGUGUAGGAUACUUGUGUCCAACAAUAUAUCUGGACUUGUUUAUGGGAAUGUUAACUUCUAAAGAUUCUCCAAAUGCUUGAAAAAUUUUAAAAAUUUAAGAUGUGGAGAGCAUCCGGAACCAGGAACG